GCGGAGCCGCCUGGGCUGCAGUCCCACCCGGGAGCCGGCAGGGAGCGGAGCUGCGGAGCCGCCUGGUCUCCCGCGUCCAUCGGUCCAUUCCUGCGUCCUUCUGUCCGUCCGAACGCACACUUCAGGAGCAGCCGCGAGGUAGAAGCCCAUAGGAGACCCAGAUGCCCGCCACCCCAAUCAGUAUCCUGCACGAUGAGGGUUUUGGGGAGCAGCCUGGAAAGGGUCCCAACCUCCGGCGGUCCCAGCCGAGGAGCCAGCUGAGCGGCCCUGCCCUGGCCCCAAGCAUUCCGCCUCGCAGCCCCCACCUCCUGGUCCGGCUGAUUGAUGACUCCAGCUGUCCCAGUGGGAGCGGGACGGGUGGCUCCAGUUCACGGGUGUGGCCACUCCAUCCAUGGCCUGCAGACCCAUGGGGCUGCGGCCUGCAACCCAGCGCCACCUGACCGCGCUGAGAUGACCAAGAAUCCAUCUUUCCACGGACAGGAGUGAGCACUGCACGCAGGAUCCGCCCAGUGCUUGGGCCAAGCACCCUGUGGCAUCCAAGCUCCCCUGGACGUUACCCUUGGUGAACCAAGGUGGCAUGGCAGCGAGCACAGACAUCGCUGGGCUGGAGGAGAGCUUCCGCAAGUUUGCCAUCCAUGGUGACCCCAAGGCCAGUGGGCAAGAGAUGAAUGGCAAGAACUGGGCCAAGCUGUGCAAGGACUGCAAGGUGGCUGACGGAAAGUCGGUGACAGGGACCGAUGUGGACAUCGUCUUCUCCAAAGUCAAGGGGAAGUCUGCUCGGGUCAUCAACUAUGAGGAGUUCAAGAAGGCCCUGGAAGAGCUGGCGACCAAGCGAUUCAAGGGCAAGAGCAAGGAGGAGGCCUUCGAUGCCAUCUGCCAGCUGGUGGCAGGCAAAGAGCCAGCCAAUGUGGGCGUCACCAAAGCAAAAACAGGGGGUGCAGUAGACCGGCUGACGGACACCAGCAGAUACACGGGCUCCCAUAAGGAGCGCUUCGACGAGAGCGGCAAGGGCAAGGGCAUUGCGGGACGGCAGGACAUCCUGGACGACAGUGGCUACGUGAGCGCCUACAAGAAUGCAGGCACCUACGACGCCAAGGUGAAGAAGUGAGGCUUGGGAAGACCGCCCCGCCAAGUGCGGCUGCCCCUGCCAGAGGCUCAGGCCUGGAUCUAAGGGGCACGUGGAGCAAGAGAUCCUGGUCCCCUCCCUGCUGGACCUGCCACCCAGAGCUUCCUGCCUAGUCCCACGGGGCCGGCCCACCAGGCCUCUGACCCAGGCUGCUCUGCGGCCCCUUCCUCCUCCUUUUCCCACUCCCACUUCUGUCCACCUGGGGACAGUCUGCGCCUGUAGCCUCAUGACCCCAAACCAGCCCCAGGCAUGGCUAACCCCUGCCUGCUUGCCUCAUAUUUAAGCUGCUGCUCUGGCCAAGUGCCUAAUUUUAACCCAGACCUCAAUAAAGAAACCUUUUGUACCAAU